AACUGCCAUUUUGCGCGCAGUGUCCGGCUCCGUAACUGUGAGGCAGAAACUGGGAGAAAUUCCUCUGUGUACAAAAAAUGUCAGCGACGAGAUGUUGAAUUGGCACGGUUAGGACCAGUGUCACUGUGGAGCCGCCAUUCGGAUAAACGCACAGCCCUUUUUCGUGUUUUAAGUAUCUCUACGAAUUCGCUCCAUGAAGGAGAGCUGAAGGAAUGUGAAAAGAUGCCGAGUAGUAGCUGCUAGCCUCGUCAGACUUGUGUUCUGCUAGUGGGGAUGUGAAUUCGGCCGUUAUUUUUCUGCUGCUGCUGCUUCGCGGGUUUGACAGUAUUCAACCCCGCACGUUCAUUCAGGGCUGGUUUCGUCUUUUAUGUUUUUUGGAAGUCGAAAUCAUUCAGCUAGCCUUAUUCGAGCAGCAGUUACAUGGUUAACCGGCGACACGGGAGGGUAGCAGCAGUGCCCGUAGUGAUGUGCUAUAGCUCGUAACGUUACGGAGGGUCGGUCCGCUUCAGUAGGCUAACGCGCUCUGGACACUGCUGUAUUCUUGACAGCGGGCUUUAACGAUAGCCACAUCAGCGCAGUCGUUCGCCCUUGAUCGUCUCGUCGCCGGUAGCCCGGUUGAUUCUGAAUGUCAGUGCCUCCUCUCAGUUCGGGUUUCUGUCAGGAUAGGCUGCCGUUCUCCGCACACAGACAAGCGACGUGAGCGGGCUUUCCCCCCCCUCCCUCCAUCCCUGCACCGAGUGCUUUUUUUCGUUUUGCUCAGAGACGAUUUUUUUUUAUCGUGAGGCAUUAUUAGCUAUGUCGGGACAGUCCAUCACGGACCGGAUCGCCGCGGCUCAGCACAGCAUGACCGGAUCGGCCAUCAGCAAAGCCGUGUGCAAGGCCACGACGCACGAAGUCAGCGCCCCCAAGAAGAAGCACCUCGACUAUCUGAUGCACUGCACCAAUGAGCUGAGUGUGAGUAUACCUCAUUUGGCUGACACGCUGAUUGAAAGGACGGCCAAUCAGAGCUGGGUUGUGGUGUUCAAGACCCUUAUCACCACUCACCAUCUCAUGAUGUACGGCAAUGAGAGGUUCAUCCAGUACCUUGCAUCCAGAAGCACACUCUUUAACUUGAACAAUUUCAUAGAUAAAGGUGCAUUACAAGGUUAUGAUAUGUCCACCUACAUCAGACGAUAUAGCAGGUACCUUAAUGAACGGGCAAUGUCCUACAGACUGGUAGCGGUCGACUUCACUAAGAUGAAGAGAGGGAUUGAUGGGGUAAUGCGCACCAUGAGCACAGAGAAGCUGAUGAAAACUCUCCCAAUUAUUCAGAACCAGCUGGAUGCCCUCUUGGACUUUGAGGCCAGCUCUAAUGAACUGACCAAUGGUGUGAUCAAUGGUGCCUUCAUGCUGCUCUUCAAGGACUCUAUCCGCAUCUUUGCUGCUUACAAUGAGGGUGUCAUUAACCUUCUAGAGAAAUAUUUUGAUAUGAAGAAGCACCAGUGUAAAGAAGCCCUGGAAAUAUACAAGAGGUUUCUUACCAGGAUGACCAAGCUGUCCGAGUUUCUCAAAGUGGCAGAGCAAGUUGGAAUUGAUCAGGUUGACAUCCCAGAUCUCUCACAGGCCCCAAGCAGUCUCUUACAAGCUCUUGAGCAACACCUGGCCUCUCUGGAGGGCAAGAAAAUCAAAGAGCUCUCCACUGUCAACAGGGAUGAGAAACAGCAGGCUCCGGAGGUGGAGGGCGACAGAUUACAGCCUACAAAGGGAGUACAGCUCAAAGAUAUUGGAAUGCAGACACCAACAGUGUCUCCCAGCGGGCAGUCUGUGGGCAGUGCCAAUAGUACCUGCACCAGCAGCGGUGCCACUGAGCUCCUCUCCACUCCACCCGAUCUACCCAUCACGAAUGGUGUGCACAGUUUCACCAGUGAUCAUUUUGACCUCCAACACAACCUCAGCACCCCUGUUCAAACCACCACCCUGCCUGCCAGUAACAGUGGCUGGGGAGGGCCCCUGCUGAAGCCCACUCUUUCUUCACAGGUCCAUGGCCAAGGCACACAACUCCACAAUGGUGGAAAGUUACUGACUAAUGACCUGGACUCCUCUCUGGCCAACUUAGUGGGCAAUUUGCACUUUGGAGGACCUCCGACCAAAAAGCCAGAGAUGCAGUGGACUCACCUGGAGAAGAAAACCACAGGAGGGUCUCACUGGCAGUCUAAAGCCAUGAGUGGCACUGCACCGUGGGGGCACACACACCUUGCCCCGGCUCCCAUCCCUGUGCCACAAAUGAAUGGAAUGAUUUAUACUGGCUAUGCACCAGCUCCGGUAGCAUUUCCAAUGACAACCCCCCAAGUGCCUGUAUAUGGGAUGAUUCCUCCUCCCAUGGGCCAGAUGGGUUCAGUCCCCUUGAUGGCACCCCAGCCUGUGAUGUACAACCAGCCUGUGCUUCGCACCACCAACCCAUUCACUCCUGUCCCUGGAACUCAGAUGCACUUCAUGUAGCGCUGAGGAAUACGCUGGACUGACAGUAGCGCCAGAGGAAAAACAUCAACCAACCCAAAACCAAAUAUGACAAAGCAGACAUGAGAAAUGGUUCAGAGACUGAUAUGUUCAUGUGCCAUUUUCCCCUUAAGCUGUGUGUUUGUAGCAUACCCUGCCCGACCAACAUAACAUAGUCCUGUCAUUUUACAUGUUAUCUUUAAUUUUUAAGUGUCAAAUCUAGUGUUUCUAGAUGGCCCUCUUGGAUGAUGUCACUGGCUGAUGCAAAUGGAAUGACAGUGUAUAGUGAAUUGCGGUGGAAUGAAAAAAUGUCAUGAUGUCAAGCCCCCUGCCCUUUUGCCCCCCGUUCGGAAAAGUGAUUGUUGUAAUCGUGCGCACUUGAAUCAAUGUUUAUAAUGUCUAAACCAAGCCACGGUUUUGUAUGCACAUUGCCUGAAUAGUGUUUUGAACCAACCACUGUCAAUGUUAAUCAUGCCACAGUUGCUGGCUUCCCGAAUUCUUGAGUCUUGGAGAAAUGUGUACAGGUCACUUUUUGUACAUUUGUCUUGUCCCCAAACAUUUUGGACUUCACCUUACAAGUUAAAACUGUUUCUGCAUACAGUGACUUGUAAUGUUUCAUUCAGGUAUGGUAAAGGUAUGGCUGUAUGGAUUAAAACAAAUACAGCAGUGUG